GUGAGCCCAUUAUGCAGCAGAUUUUCCAAAAAGAGUUUUCUCCCUCGUCAAGUCUUCUAAUCUUCCCUCUCAUAUAUUCAUCACAAUAUUAUUACAUACCAUUCCACAAAAUAAUCACAGCUUAAAACCCUUUCAUUACACUCUACUAGUAUUAUCAGUAUAAUUUUUCAGUCAAAGAAAGCUCAUUUUUAAUGGAGAUCGAUUCUCAGGAGUAUCAACUGAGCAACGAACUUCGAGGUCAUGAAGACGAUGCUAGGAGAAUUUGCGUUUGCGACAAUGUGGGUAUUGCGACGUCGUCUAGGGAUAAAACGGUGAGGUUUUGGCCUGUUGAUCCGGCGAACAAGAACAAAGUGUUGUCGUCGCCGAAGAUUAUGGUAGGGCACACUAGUUUUGUGGGCCCGCUCGCGUGGAUUGCUCCGAAUGAUGAGUUCCCGGAAGGUGGGAUUGUGUCUGGAGGGAUGGAUACUUUGGUGAUGGUGUGGGACUUGAAGAGUGGAGAGAAAGCUCAUAUUUUGAGGGGGCAUCAAAUGCAGGUUACCGGCAUUGCUUUGGAUGAUGGCGAUAUCAUUACCUCGUCCAUUGAUUGCACUUUGAAAAGAUGGAGGAAUGGGAAGGCUGUGGAUUCUUGGGAGGCUCAUAAUUCUCCGGUACAAGCUGUGAUAAAGUUACCAUCAGGCGAGCUUGCUACAGGAUCCAGUGACACAACGCUCAAACUUUGGAAGGGAAAAACAUGUGUACACACGUUUGUUGGACAUAAUGAUACCGUACGAGGCCUGGCUGUAAUGUCAGAUUUGGGAAUAAUUUCUGCCUCACAUGAUGGUUCUGUGCGACUCUGGACGCUGACGGGUGAAGUUCUCAUGGAGAUGGUUGGGCACUCAUCAAUUGUAUAUUCUGUCGAUUCACACAUCUCUGGUGUUGUUGCUAGUGGCAGUGAAGAUUCCUCGGCAAAAAUAUGGAAAGAUGGUGUAUGCGUUCAAAGUAUCGAGCAUCCUGGAUGUGUUUGGGAUGUCAAGUUCUUGGAAAAUGGUGAUCUUGUUACGGCAUGUUCUGAUGGAGUAGUGCGCAUCUGGACAACACAUGCAGAUAGAACAGCAGACCCUAUGGAGCGUGAAACUUAUCUGUCACAACUAGCUAAUUACAAGAUCAGUAGAAAGAGAGUUGGAGGCUUGAAACUGGAGGAGUUGCCUGGAUUGGAUUCGUUACAAGUUCCAGGUACAGUUGAAGGACAAACCAAAAUUGUCAGAGAAGGAGACAAUGGUGUAGCCUAUUCAUGGAAUAUGAAAGAGUAUAAGUGGGAUAAAAUUGGCGAGGUUGUUGAUGGACCUGAGGAUGGCCUUAAACGUCUUGUACUUGAUGGGAAGGAGUAUGAUCAUGUGUUUGAUGUUGAUAUUGGAGAUGGAGAGCCUAUUCGUAAGCUGCCUUAUAAUCGAUCAGAUAAUCCAUAUGACACUGCUGAUAAGUGGCUUCUUAAGGAGAAUCUUCCAAUCUCUUAUCGCCAACAAGUUGUAGAUUUCAUUCUUGAGAACACUGGUCAGAAAGCAUUUUCUUUUGAUCCAACAUUCCGUGAUCCUUACACUGGAUCAAAUGCUUAUGUGCCUGGGGAUACUUCUAGCAAGCAUGCUAUUUCUGCUAAACCUACUUUCAAGCACAUACCCAAGAAAGGAGUCCUUGUCUUCGACGUGGCCCCAUUUGAUGGAAUUCUGAAAAAACUGUCUGAAUUUAACAAUAGCCUCUCCUCUGACCAGAACCAGAUGCAGCUCUCUCUUACAGAAGUGGAAACGUCUAGAAUUGGUGCUGUUGUAAAGAUUUUGAAAGAUACGUCAUAUUAUCACAGUAGCAGUUUUGCGGAUGUGGACAUUGACUUGUUGUUAAAACUACUGAAUUCCUGGCCAUUAUCUAUGAUUUUUCCAGUUAUCGAUAUCUUGCGAAUGGUCAUUUUGCACCCAGAUGGAGCUUCUAAACUGCUCAAGCACCUAAAUAGUGGAAAUGAUGCACUAUUGCAGAUGGUCAAGAAAGUUACGAUGAACCCGUUGAUUCCAGCAAAUGUUUUGACUGGUCUUCGUGCAUUAACCAAUAUGUUCAAGAACCCAUGUUUCCACCAGUGGAUUCAAUAUCAUCGUAGCGAGAUACUUGAUGCAUUUUCUGGGUGCUACACAUCUAAUAAGAAUACGCAGUUUGCUUAUUCCACAUUGAUCCUCAAUUUUGCUGUGCUGUUGAUCGAAAAGAGAGAUGAAGAAGGACAAUUACAAGUACUUUCAGCUGCUCUUGAGGUUGCUGAAGCAGAGAAUUUGGAAGUGGAUUCGAAGUUUCGUGCUCUGGUUGCUAUAGGAUCACUGAUGCUCGACGGAUCUGUGAAGAAAAUAGCAUUGGAUUUCGAUGUUGAGAGCAUUGCAAAAGCAUUUAAGUCCUCCAAGGAUACAAAAGUUGCUGAAGUUGGGGCUGACAUUGAAGCACUGGCAAAGCAAAGUUAAGAUCACAUUUUAGAUGAAAAACAUACAUCCUGUUGAUUUUUGAACGAGGACCGUCAAGGAAGAUACUGUUAAACCAGUACAUGAAAGUGAAACAUUGUGAUCUUCUGACUUGUACAGCUAUAAAAGAAUUGCAUUUUUCUUUCUUUAUGGGUAUAAAUCAUGUUUCAACUA